AUGACGACGAAGCUUUUGGACCUGUUCAUAACCUCAUCGAUACCAGUAGCGAAGAUUCUGGUGAUAACAGGAGUUGGAUUCUACUUGGCCCUGGAUCGAGUUAACAUUCUGGGUCCAGAUGCUAGAAAACAUCUCAACAACAUAAUUUUCUAUGUGUUUAGUCCUUCCCUCGUUGCAAGCAGUCUAGCUGGGACUAUUACAUAUGAGAGCAUGGUCAAAAUGUGGUUUAUGCCAAUCAAUGUUCUGCUCACAUUCAUCAUUGGCUCGUUUCUUGGCUGGAUUGUUAUCAAAAUCACUAAACCUCCUUUGCAUCUCCGUGGCAUUGUUGUUGGUUGCUGUGCUGCUGGGAAUUUGGGGAACAUGCCACUCAUCAUAAUCCCAGCUAUAUGCAAUGAAAAAGGAAGUCCUUUUGGAGAUCCUGAGACUUGUGAGAAAUAUGGAUUAGGUUACAUUGCACUCUCAAUGGCGAUUGGAGCCAUUUACUUAUGGACUUACGUAUACAACCUUAUGAGAAUGCUAGCAAAUACGGGAAGGGAAACGCCAUUGAUCGGUACCUCUGCCUCCUCUACAGUGCCACUGAUUCCUACCACUGACGUAGAAGUUGAGGAACAGUUUGGAAUUUGGAUCAAGAUCAAGCAAAGAGUGUGUUCCGUAGCAAAUAAAAUCAACCUACGAACCAUAUUUGCUCCUUCAACCAUUGCAGCGCUUAUUGCGCUUGCGGUUGGGCUAAUCCCUACACUAAGGAAGCUACUAGUUGGCAACACAGCUCCACUCCGAGUGAUUGAGGACUCGGUAUCUCUAUUGGGGGAAGGGACGAUUCCUCUUCUCACUCUGAUUGUAGGAGGAAACCUUCUCGGAGGUCUGAGAGGUUCAGGAAUGCACAGGUCAGUCAUAAUGGGAGUGGUGUUUAUGCGUUACGUGUUGCUGCCAAUAUUAGGUGUUUUCAUAGUAAAAGGAGCUCAUCACUUGGGUUUGGUUUCAUCCGAACCGCUCUACCAGUUUGUUCUUCUCCUUCAGUAUGUCGUUCCACCGGCGAUGAAUCUUGGUUUGUUCCUUCAGACUCAGAAAAUUUGUCUUUCUCAUAGAUUCACUUUCACUUGA